AUGCGAGUCCUACAGAUCGUCCGUCGCGUCUCGUUGGCGCGGACGCGUGCCACGGUGCCGUCGCUCGAACGCGCUGCUCCGUUUGUUGCCAGGCACACGAGUGCGGCCACGUUGCCGUCUCCCGCGACCUCGCGCGCGUUCGCCACCACGGGGUUCGACGACGACGACGACGACGACGACGAGUAUUCGUUUAUAGAGUAUCCGCCUGUCGCUGCGCGGGUGCAGAAACAGGCCCCUCGCUUCACCGCGAAAGCAGUUGUUAACGGGGAAAUUACCGACGUCACGCUGGACUCGUAUUUGGGGCAAUACGUGGUGCUCUUUUUCUACCCCAAAGACUUUACCUACGUGUGUCCGACCGAGAUCAUUGCGUUCAACGACCGCGCGGCGGACUUUCGCGCGCUGAACACGCAAUUGAUUGCCGUGUCGUGCGACUCGCCCGAGAGCCACUUGGCGUGGACGCGCUUGCCGCGGCAGAAGGGCGGACUGGGCAAGAUGGACAUUCCCAUUGUCUCGGACCUGACGAAGCUCAUUUCGGCCAAGUACGGCGUGCUCGUGGAGCAGGACGGCGUGGCGCUCCGCGGUCUCUUUAUCAUGGACAAACAGGGUGUGCUGCAGCAGAUUACGAUCAACAACAUGCCCAUUGGGCGCAGCGUGGACGAGACGCUGCGGCUGCUCAAAGCCCUGCAGUUUGUCGAAGAGCACGGCGAAGUGUGUCCUGCCAAUUGGCAGCCAGGCGACAAGACGAUCAAGGCGACGCCAACGAGUAGCUACGAGUACUUUUCGUCGAUCAAAGAGGCGGCUGAGGACGACGACGAGGCAGCAAGUGCUGCGUUGACGCUUGUCAAGACAAAGGCGCAGUUUCAGGAGCUCAUUCAGAGCGGCAAGCCCGUCGUUGCCGACUUUAUGGCGCCGUGGUGCGGCAAGUGCGCGCAGAUUGAACCCACGGUGGUGAGUCUGGCGGAAGCGCACCCUGAAGUGACGUUUGCGAAGCUCGACGUGUCGGUUCCGGAAGUGGAGAAGCUCAAGGACGAGCUCGAGGUUGGUGCGUACCCGGAGUUCCGCUUCUUUAAGCAUGGCAAGGAGGUCCACGAGAAGAUUUCGGGAUACAAGAAGUCACUGCUCAAGAGCGCUGUGCAGAAAUUGCUCUGA